CGGCGUAGGGCGUCCACUGCAGGUGAGUGAGUGAGCAUUUCUCUAGCUUUCAGCGCUUCCGUCAUCCCCCAGUCCUCCGGGCCUCCUCCUCCGCCCCCCCAUACCUUAGAACGCCGCCCCAAAUCUCAAACCCCCACCACGAGCGAGUGCCUCCCGCCGCCGCCGUCAUCGCCCGCCCUCUCUCUGCCUCUGACCUCGCCUUCACACCAAACAUCCGCCACCUCCAGCUCCGACUGCCUUGCGUGCUCUGAAGCUCUGCGCGAGACGCUCAGCCUCCUGCGACAGCCUCUUGCGACUCCAGAGACAUGUGCGCCGUGGCCUCGGACGCCCCCGCUGCUAGCACUUGAACCCAUCGUCCUUUUCUUUUUCCCUUGUCGCUUUCCGUCUUCGUCCUCCAAGCCCCGCAACGAACCGCCCGCCCGUUGUUAUACGUAGAAGCUUGUUAACUCCCCAGAAAAAAAAAGGCAACAAAAUGUUGACCAACUGGUUUUCGCAACCUGCAGGCAGCUCGCGCUCCUCGACAGACGAAGCUAGAGUCGGCGACAAUGACGAAGACACACAGGUCGUGGAGCCGGACCAGGGCAAUGUCCUCUCACACAUCAUCUCCCAGCUUCGACCUGGGGCUGAUCUAAGUCGGGUCGUCCUGCCCACCUUCAUCCUCGAGCCUCGGAGCAUGCUCGAGAGGAUAACAAACUUCAUGUGCCACCCAGAAAUGCUCCUUCACAUUCCCUCCAUAGACGACCCCACUGAGCGCUUCGUCUCCGUCGUCAAGUUCUACCUCAGUGGCUGGCACAUUCGCCCUCCGGGUGUCAAGAAGCCGCUCAACCCUAUCCUCGGCGAAGUAUUCACCUGCUAUUGGGACCUCGACGAUAAGACGCGAGCAUACUACAUCUCCGAACAGACCUCCCACCAUCCGCCCAAGUCAAGCUACUUUUACAUGGCACCGGAACAUCACAUCCGCAUCGAUGGUACCCUGAAGCCGCGAAGCCGGUUUCUGGGCAACUCUGCUGCGAGUCUCAUGGAGGGCAUCGCCUUCCUGAGCUUGCUGAACAGGGGCAAGGACCCUGCAAAGGGAGAGCGAUACAUCAUUACGCAACCCAACAUGUACGCUCGCGGCAUCCUGUUCGGGAAGAUGAAGUAUGAGCUCGGAGAUCACAGCUUUGUACGAUGCCCAGAGCUUGACCUCACAGCCGACGUCGAUUUCAAGACGAAGGGAUGGGUUGGCGGAACGUACAACGCCAUUGGUGGCGCCAUCAAGCGAGAGAGCACCGGCGAGGUCCUCUACGAGCUCUCGGGCCUGUGGAGCGAAGAAAUGUUCAUCAAAGAUGUGGCGACUGGCCACAAGGAGAUGUUCUUCAACGCCACCAAGGCAAAGCCGAGCGCCCCCCGAGUCCGCCCCAUCCACGAGCAAGACGAGCGCGAGUCGCAAAGGUUGUGGGAGAAGACUGCCAGGGCCGUCAAGGAGCGCAACCACGAAGUCGCGACCGACGAAAAGACCAAGAUCGAGGACCGUCAACGUGAGGAGGCUGCCACCCGAGCGCAAGACGACGUCGAAUGGCAUCCUCGGCUGUUUCGGAGGGUCCAGGGAGGACCCGGGGGACUGGAGGAGGGCGAAGAGGAUCUCGAGUGGAUAAUCAACGCUACUGUAGACUCAACCGCGCCGCCGGUGAAGCAGACGGAGCAAAUCUUGGCCAUUUAUCCCAUUAUAGAUGGCCAAGAGCUGGACAAGAACAACGCAAUCCCGCCCCACAAGGGCGCGAAGCCGCCCGUCAGCGACGUUCAGUCAAACGCCCAGGCGGAAGAGAGCCUGAUUGACUUUGGCGAUCAAGCGCAGACCCAACAGCAACCAUCGACGAAGAACGAUGAGAUCACAGACCUGCUCACCUCGACGGGCAAACCCCCCGAGGGGCCACUACUAGACUUUACCGACGACAUGAAGAAGGACCUACCCAACAGGUAAACAUCAACGGGAAAACGAAGGCGCAGCUUUGGGCAUGCUGUAAACGAUGUGAUCGAUAAAAAAAAGAGUAAAGAAGAGAGAGAGAGCGGGCGCUGGGGCCUUCUUGCAUAAAGCCCGUGCGCUGCGGGCAGUAUUUCUGUAGCUCAGUGUCAAUAUAAAGACUCAAGGAGAUCUCUCGAGCCUAGUAAUUCAUCUAGAUCAGAGUUCGAAGUAUCUGCCAUGUUCCAACAGCCGGGUGUCUGUCUGGAGUGAUUGCAAUCGGGCCUCCCCGCCCGGGUCCAUGGCUGGUAGCCGGUGGAACGACGGC